AUGAUAACAAAUAGAUUAGUAAAGAAUAGUUUAUUAGUUGGACACAAAGUUCUAAGAAGUAGAAGUAGUCUUGGUCUUGGUGCCUUGAUCACUCCAAGGUCAUGCUUCAACAACACCAACAACAUCAACAACAUUAACAAGAGCAUGUUGUUGACCAAUACACCAUCAACAUCAUCAUCAUCAUCAUCAUUACUUGGUUAUUGUACAGCAACAGCAAAGACAACAUCAUCAUCGUUGGGCGACAAAAUGUUAUCGAUAACAAGAGACUCAAAAUACGCAUCAUUGACAGAGAAGGAUGUUGAGGAGUUUAGAAGAAUGUUGGGUGAUACAGCCGUGAUCAAUGGAAAGGAAGACCUCGAUGGCUAUAAUACAGACUUUAUGAACCAGUUCAAGGGCUCAAGUCAAUUGGUGUUGAGACCAAAGUCCACUGAACAAGUGUCAAGCAUCCUGCGCUACUGCAAUGAGCGCCGACUGGCUGUCGUACCACAGGGCGGCAACACUGGUUUGGUCGGUGGCAGCGUACCAAUGUACGACGAGAUCAUUCUCAGCCUCUCAUCAAUGAACAAUAUCCUGGCCUUUGACGAGGUGUCUGGCGUGAUCACAUGCGAGGCCGGUUGUGUGUUGCAGACUCUGGAGGAGUACCUUCACCCCAAGGGCUACACGAUCCCCUUGGACCUUGGAUCAAAGGGCAGUUGCCACAUUGGAGGUAACGCCGCGACCAAUGCCGGAGGCAUCCGUCUGUUGCGCUAUGGCUCACUGCAUGGCAACGUGAUGGGCGCUGAGGUGGUGCUGGCCAAUGGUACCGUCAUCGACCUCAUGAACACAUUGCGCAAGGACAACACUGGAUAUGACAUGAAGCAGCUGUUCAUUGGCUCAGAAGGCACUCUUGGUGUGAUCACAAAGUUGGCCAUCCUUACACCGGCCAAGCCUACAAGCGUCAACGUUGCAUUGCUAUCAUGCUCCUCAUUCGAACAGGUCAAACAGUUGUUGGUGGAGGCAAAGAAGAUGCUCGGUGACAUCUUGUCUGCAUUCGAGUUCAUGGACCGACCUUGCAUCGACCUUGUUCUGGCACAUCACGAGCAUAGCCACGAACCAUUUGACAACAAGUCACCCUUCUACGUUCUCAUCGAGACCUCUGGCUCCAACGAGACUCACGACAUGGAGAAGAUCAACAACUUCCUCGAGGACAUCAUGAACAGAGAGCUUGUGAUCGAUGGUUCAUUGGCCAGCGAUUCAAAGAAUGUCUCACAGUUCUGGACUCUGCGAGAGGGCAUUACAGAGUCAUUGGGCAAGGCUGGCGCUGUGUACAAGUACGACCUGUCAUUACCAAUCGAUAACUUCUAUGCUAUUGUGGAACAGAUGCGCGAUCGUCUGAAAGGUACAUCGGCCAAUGUUUGUGGAUUUGGCCAUGUCGGUGAUUGCAAUCUCCAUCUGAACAUCUGGACACCUGGUCAGAAGUACAGCAGGGACAUGCUCAAGAACAUUGAACCAUUCGUCUACGAGUACACCAGCAAAUAUCGCGGCAGCAUCAGUGCCGAGCAUGGCAUUGGCGCCAAGAAGGUCAGCCAACUGCAUUUCUCCAAGACACACGAGUCCAUCGAGUUGAUGAGGAACCUCAAGAAUGCCAUGGACCCCAAUGGCAUCCUGAACCCUUACAAGGUGAUCCCUUCAUCACCAUCAUCAACAUAG